AUGCAAUGCGAGAUGAGAAUUUCAUUUGCUCCUAAGAGUUCUCCAGAAUCCCACAAAGAUUUUCGCUUGAGUACCGUAACCUGUAGUGAUGGACACGGAUGUCUGACUCGAAAGGAUAGACAACCAGAAAUUAUGAUUCUUCACAUAUCAUUUCUACGGAAAUUUGCGUCCAUUCGACGUAAAAAUCAAAAAACCAAAACAUCGACUUGUCAGUGCCCAAAACAGAAACCGGUGAAGUCAAAGAAGAAAAUCGAGGAGAAACAGCCUGAAAAGAAAUGA